UAGCAAAUAAAUGACACUACAAAAACACACACACACACAGAGACUGCAGCCAAACAAAUCCAUUCAUUCAUUAUCUUAGUUAAGUGUAUUAAUUUUUGGUGCUAUAAUGAUCUUCAUCUCUCUCUCCUCUGUCUUCAUCAAUCCUCGUUGCUUUAUUUGAGGCCACAUUAUACGCAUCUCUCCCUCUCUCUCCUUACCACCCAAAAUGCGUCUUCCUCGCCAGCUCAAUUUACGUGAUUCAGAUUCGCUUCUUCCUCUCCCUUUUCUACAAUUCUCAGAUUUUGCCCUAUGAGAUAGAAUCUGCGCGAGAAAGCGACAGCAAUCAUUGCAGUAGAGAUGGUGGUUACCAGAAAUAUUGUGUUGUUGCUGCUUUCUAUUACUUUUGUUGCUCCAAUUGUGCUCUUCACUGAUCGUCUUGGCACCUUCAAAUACCCCUUUGCUGAGCAGGAGUUUAUUGAAGCUGUAACUGCUUUUGUGAGUGCAGCUGACUCUGGCCAUUUGAAUCUCCUGCCCCAGGAAUCUUUACCAAUCGGGCUUGUUUAUACGGAGGACACUUCAAACACAGAGAAUUUGCUUCAUGGCUUGCACUUUGCCAAACCGGGGGAGCAUGUAUCUGCCAGGGUAUUGUCAGCUACAAACGACGAAGGUCAAACCAAAGGGGAGAACCCCAUCAAACUGGUGACAGAUGGAAUUAAUCAAGGAAAUCAAAACAGCUACAUGGUGAAAGCUGAUACAACUGGUGAUAGUGUUAAUGGGGAAGAUGCUAUUGAUGUUGAUGACAAUGAUGGGAAACUCGCUAAAUCUUCUGAUCUAGUAUCUGAAACAACGGACACUAAGCAGGAGCAAGAACAUAUUAAAUCUUCUAGCCAAGUAACCCAUAAAGAACCUAUAUUAUCAGAAGCCGAUAAGCAUAAUGACCAAACACCACCUGAUGCUCGGGUGCAGCAACUAAAAGAUCAGCUCAUCCAGGCUAGGGUAUAUCUUUCCCUUCAGGCAGUAAGGAGCAAUCCCCAUCUCACUCGAGAGCUUCGAUUACGGGUAAAGGAAGUCUCACGAACACUGGGAGAUGCAAGCAAAGAUUCUGAUUUGCCCAGGAAUGCAAAUGAGAGAAUGAAGGCAAUGGAACAAACAUUGAUGAAAGGAAGGCAAAUUCAAAAUGAUUGUGCUGCUGCUGUGAAGAAGCUUAGGGCUAUGCUCCACUCAACAGAGGAGCAGCUUCAUGUGCACAAGAAGCAGACCCUGUUCUUAACUCAGUUGACAGCAAAAACAUUGCCUAAAGGUCUCCACUGUCUUCCGUUGCGCCUUACAACUGAGUAUUAUAGCUUGAAUACUUCUCAGCAACAAUUCCGCAACCAACAGAAGUUAGAAGACCCCAGACUAUACCACUAUGCAAUAUUCUCAGAUAACAUAUUGGCAACAGCUGUUGUUGUGAAUUCUACUGUUGCCCAUGCUAAGGACACCUCAAAACAUGUUUUCCACAUUGUUACUGAUAGGCUCAAUUAUGCGGCAAUGAGGAUGUGGUUUUUGGUGAAUCCACCACAAAAGGCAACCAUUCAAGUUCAGAACAUUGAAGACUUUACAUGGUUGAAUUCAAGUUACAGUCCAGUUCUUAAGCAGUUGGGUUCUCCUUCUAUGAUAGAUUUUUACUUUAAGACUCAUCGGGCAAGUUCUGAUUCAAACUUAAAGUUUCGGAAUCCAAAGUAUUUAUCCAUAUUGAACCACCUCCGUUUCUACCUUCCUGAGAUCUUUCCAAAGCUCAACAAAGUGCUGUUUUUGGAUGAUGAUAUAGUUGUGCAGAAGGAUCUGACUGGUCUUUGGUCAAUUGAUUUGAAGGGCAAUGUUAAUGGUGCCGUAGAAACUUGUGGAGAACGUUUCCAUCGUUUUGAUCGCUAUCUCAACUUCUCAAAUCCUCUUAUCGCAAAGAAUUUUGACCCUCGUGCAUGUGGAUGGGCAUACGGCAUGAAUGUUUUUGAUUUGGUCCAGUGGAAGAGGCAAAACAUCACCGAUGUGUACCACAACUGGCAAAAGAUGAAUCAUGAUAGACAACUAUGGAAGUUAGGAACACUGCCGCCUGGUCUUAUAACAUUCUGGAAACGCACUUUCCAACUGCACCGAUCUUGGCAUGUGUUGGGUCUUGGCUAUAACCCCAAUAUCAACCAAAAAGAAAUUGAACGGGCUGCUGUUAUACACUACAAUGGAAACAUGAAACCGUGGCUGGAGAUAAGUAUUCCCAAGUUCCGAGGUUAUUGGACAAAGUAUGUUGACUACAAUCUUGUGUAUUUACGAGAAUGCAACAUCAAUCCAUAGAAGGAUCUGGUGGCAUGUGUAGGGCAUGAAAUUUAUUUAAAGCUUUUAUGAUUAUUUUUUAUACAUUUUCCUCCCUGUAUGGAAAAAGAUCCCAAGCCAAAAUCAAGAGUAUGAAAUGUGUCUGUUCGUUUCCUUUGGCUGUAUGGUUAAGAAAUGUUAAUGAAACGAAAAAAAUUGUGGUGAUGCUAAGCCUAAGGGUGGGUCCCAUGUUGAGAUGUGAAUAGAAGGAAAUAUGGGAUUGGGUUCACAUCACCAUUUUUGUACCACUUGAAAGAUUUGUCGUCAAACUUGGGUGGGGCUCAUCAAAGCACUACUCCUUCCCACGUAACUUCACUUCACAUUUCUCUCCUGCAACAUUUUUCUUUUUUUGAAAAAUACAAGCUUUAUGGUGUCGGUGGAUGACAUUUUUAUAAUUUUCUUUUUAAGUUUUUAUGCCUAAGCUAAUUCUCUUAUUUACAAUGUACCCCAACCAAGAAGGAUUAGUAUGCCUCAUAUUUCUUUUGCAAUGCAAGUGAACAAGUAAAGUUUUUCCUUGUA